GGGGAAUCUCGCGAGGGUUGGAGUUUUGGCGAGAGUUUGUGGAAGAUGGCGCCUGUUGUGACAGGUCAUUGAAAUUAUGAGACUAUCAUUCAAAUGGAAGCAUUAUAGUUCUUCGGAACCAUUAUGAUCUCAAAAGAAAAGGAGAAUGAUACAGAUAUUCUGGCUGAGGUGUUUUGAGGUGCAUCGAAGUGUUCCAAGCUGUGACUUACCUUAACAUGUUCUUGAAGUACCAUGGCGUGGAUUAAAAGGAAAUUUGGUGAGCGCCCUCCACCCAAACGACUCACAAGGGAAGCAAUGAGAAAUUAUUUAAAAGAAAGAGGAGAUCAAACAGUACUGAUUCUUCAUGCAAAAGUUGCACAGAAGUCAUAUGGAAAUGAAAAAAGGUUUUUUUGCCCUCCUCCUUGUGUAUAUCUUAUGGGUAGUGGAUGGAAGAAAAAAAAAGAACAAAUGGAACGUGAUGGUUGUUCUGAACAAGAGUCUCAACCAUGUGCAUUUAUUGGGAUAGGUAAUAGUGACCAAGAAAUGCAGCAACUGAACUUGGAAGGAAAGAACUAUUGCACAGCCAAAACAUUGUACAUAUCUGAUUCAGACAAAAGAAAACACUUCAUGUUGUCUGUAAAGAUGUUCUAUGGCAACAGUGAUGACAUUGGCGUGUUCCUCAGCAAGAGGAUAAAAGUCAUCUCCAAACCUUCCAAAAAGAAGCAGUCACUGAAAAAUGCUGACUUAUGCAUUGCCUCAGGAACAAAGGUGGCUUUGUUUAAUCGACUUCGAUCCCAGACAGUUAGUACCAGAUACUUGCAUGUAGAAGGAGGCAAUUUCCAUGCCAGUUCACAGCAGUGGGGAGCAUUUUAUAUUCAUCUCUUGGAUGAUGACGAAUCGGAAGGAGAAGAAUUCACAGUCCGAGAUGGUUACAUCCACUAUGGACAAACAGUCAAGCUUGUGUGCUCAGUUACAGGCAUGGCACUCCCAAGAUUGAUAAUUAGGAAAGUUGAUAAGCAGACGGCAUUACUGGAUGCAGAUGAUCCUGUGUCACAACUCCACAAAUGCGCAUUUUACCUUAAGGAUACAGAAAGAAUGUACUUGUGCCUUUCUCAAGAAAGAAUAAUACAAUUUCAGGCCACUCCAUGUCCAAAAGAACCAAAUAAAGAGAUGAUAAAUGACGGAGCUUCCUGGACAAUCAUUAGCACAGAUAAGGCAGAGUAUACAUUUUAUGAGGGAAUGGGGCCAGUUCUAGCCCCAGUCACCCCUGUGCCUGUUGUGGAGAGCCUUCAGUUGAAUGGUGGCGGGGACGUAGCAAUGCUUGAACUCACAGGACAAAACUUCACUCCAAACUUACGAGUGUGGUUUGGGGAUGUAGAAGCCGAAACAAUGUACAGAUGUGGAGAGAGUAUGCUCUGUGUUGUCCCAGACAUUUCUGCAUUCCGAGAAGGUUGGAGAUGGGUUCGACAGCCAGUCCAGGUUCCAGUAACUUUGGUCCGCAAUGAUGGAAUCAUUUAUUCCACCAGCCUUACCUUUACCUACACCCCAGAACCAGGGCCGCGGCCCCACUGCAGUGCGGCAGGGGCGAUCCUUCGAGCCAACUCAAGCCAAGUGCCGCCUAACGAAUCAAACAGCAACAGCGAGGGAAGUUACACAAAUGCCAGCACAAACUCAACCAGUGUCACAUCGUCUACAGCAACAGUGGUGUCCUAACUACCGUCUUUUUGUUAGGACUUAAACUGACUCAAGUGCGGCAAAAAAAAGUUGACACACAAAAAAGAACAAUGUUUUGUGGCUUCUUGGGGAAACUUCAUACCAGGUGAUAGAUGCUAUUAAAUAAAAAACCCUGUUACCUGCAAGUGCUGAUGUGAAACACAGAAGCCACAGUAAAACAAAAACAUCAACAUGUACAAACUAUUGGAAACCAAGUUUUUCAGCUUUUUUCCCCUCACGGUGUUGUUUGGUUGGUUUUUGUUUGGUUUUGUUUAAAUGGGCAAGAAAUAGAUGUGUGGCUGGAAUAAAAGUCAAGCAAACUAGAAGACAAAAAUCUAACCUAGUUUUUAUGGACCAAGGAACUUGUAUAAGCUUUAGUAAAAGGUACAUUUUCACCAUACCUUUUUUAUAUCACAGUACAUAGUACGCCUUGUUACCAAAUAGGUUGUUCUCCCCACCCCUUGAGCUUUUGCUCUAAAGUACAUUCAGGUUCUGAGCCUGGCCAAGCUUGUUUAAUCAAAUUACCUACACUUCCAGGUUCUUUUUGGUCUAAGGCUGGAACUUUUUUUUUAAGCUGAAGUCUUGUGACUUUUCAUGAAUUGAAAUGGUUUUGAUUUCAGCGAGUCAAAUCUUGUAAAGGCCUGCAUAUUUUUUUUAAGAUUAUAUGAAGUCUGUGCAAAAGCUUUAAAAAAAAUGCCUCUGCCUUGCCUGCAAUACAUGCAAUGUAUGUUAGUCUCUAUUCUCAGACAAUGUUUUCUUUUCUUUUCUUUUUUUUUAAUGUAUUUAUAGCAGUAAUCCAAGAAGUUCUAACAUUUACAUGGAAUUCAAUGUGGCUGUUUAGUCUUUUAUGAGUUAAUGGCGUGGAACAUGUUUUUGAAGUGUUCUCUUCUCCCAUACAUCAAUUCAUCUGUGUGUUCCAGGGUUUGUUCAGGUGUCCCCCACCCCUUCCUAAUCUUGUACAUAACUUGUAUUAUGUGUAAGUUAAACAUUUUAUUUUGAACUUGGAAUGUUCCCGUGAUUUCAUUCAACAGGGUGGUUUCUGCCUUGUUAGAGAAUGACAAAAAAUUAUCAUGAGAAGUAUUUGCUACCAAGUGGUAGCUGGUGCCCUUAUGGUGGAAUGAGGAAUAUCUCAGCAAAAUGUUUUAUUAUUGUACUUCAAAAAAAAAUAGCCUAAGUAGAGCAUCAUUGAAAUCUUAAAACAGAGAUGCUUUUAUUAGAUGAUCAACUCCAAUAGCUGGAAGACAGUACCUUAGAAACAGAUAGAUGUAAGUUUAUAAAAAUGCAAAUGUAACUUAUGUUUCUAUCUCUUUCUCUGCUUUGUUUUGUUUUGUUCUGUUUUCUCAUCCUUAGAACUGAGCAUCUCCAGAAAUGUCUCCUACUCAGAAAACAUUUCUUUUCCUCUCCAUUAAGAUUUGGCUGCAUUCAGGGCUAUGUCAGCCUUGCCUGCUCAUCUCACCAGUUUCAUAUUGCUUCUAUUCCUGCACUUUGGUUAUGCCUUUGUUCAGUUUCUUAAGAAAUUACAGCAGACUCCCUGAGCUACAUUUAGUAAAGGAGCCACAUGUGUAAUGUUAUAGGAUACAAUCAUCCUUAGAGUAAAAACUACCUCUAGAUUGUGGUAAGCUUUUACUGUCCCAUAAAACAGGAGCCACAAGUACCUUAAUGAAUGCAAAACUGUAACUUCGUGCAGCGUUCCCAGUGUCUUUCUGGUGUCUUGGAUUGUUUAAAAGUUUCUAUUAAUAGACUUUUCAAGUCAUUUGUGAGGAGCAUGUUUUCCUGCUUUGCUCUCUUUAUCGCUCAUUCUUUUGCCUAGACUGUGCCACUGUAAAUAUUACUCCUAACAUCUUUAAAUUGCCUUUCCUUUGUUUUCAAGGGGAUUGUCAUCAGUAAAACACACGAGGUGGUUAGUUUCUGCGGUUUUUUCUUACUGCACGCCUUUGUAAUCACCCCUGGCUACUCGAUACAGCCUUUUCAUUCUUGUCCAGGCUGUUCUGGUCACUCGCUUCCUCCUUGUCAGGGUAUCCUGCCUCUCACACUGUGAGUCCCUUCCAGAUCACCAGAACUCAUUGUGGCCUUAUCUUCCUUUGCGCAAGCUCCUCACUGGCUUUUCCUUACAGACUUGAUUGUUUCUCAGUAGUAGUUCUCUGUCCUUACUAAUGAAUUAGUUCUUUUGUUCAGUGCAAAAAUGUUUCCAGUGUUCUCUUGUAGGCCACACAUCUCCUCUACUUCCAAAAUCUAGAAUUUAGCUAAGAAAUUAUUUUAGCCAAUAACAAAUGCUUGAAGAACAAAUGAUUCCUUACCCAGCUUUGUAGUUCCAAAUGAAUGUUUAUUUUCUGGGCUUUAUUAAAAUGAUUUUUUUUUUGCUUUAAAAUAAGGUUUAUAUCGUAUGUCGGUUAUUUUGUUUCUUCUAAUAAGACAAUUUAAACAAGACUGUCAACCCAUUUUCUGUUUUUGUUUUCUGCAAAGUUCAAGAAUGUACUUCCAUAGGCAUUUCCUCCACUGUUCUCAUGCUACAGACUGAAGAAUGAAAUGGCUUGUCUGUUGUAGCUUGUUAACUGUAGUUCUUUUAUCAGCUGCUU